CUCAAAGCUGCCUCAAACCCUCACUGCCUCAAACCCUUCCCUCACUACUCACUGCCUCCUCCCUCACGAGUCAAGCCGUCAUCACGACUCACUCACUGCUCACUCCUUCCCCCUCACGCAGCAGUAGCCCGGUAGCAGUCAUCAGCAUCACUCAUCACUCGAAUUUUCACAGUGACACUCGACAGCCGGCCACCGCAUACUCCUCCCCUCUCCUCACAGGCGGAUUUGAGGAUGAAAUGAGAAGCAAGCUAGAAGGAAAUAGAGCAUAAUGGCGAUGAACAAACAUUUCCACAUGAGUAAAGGUGAGGGAGAGCUAAGCUAUUCCCGAAACUCUUCUAUCCAGGAAACAGUGUGGUUAAUGAACAAACAAUUACUGGAGAGUGUACUCGAAUCGUUAUUCAAAGUUUCAUAUGGAGUUGAUAAAAUCUGUAAUAUUGUUGAUUUGGGAUGUGGUGUGGGCCCAGUUCCAUUAGCUUUAGUAUCAUUGGUAAGCAAUGUUAUUAAAGGAAAACUUAAGGAAUUGGAGUGUGAUGAAUCAUGUGAUGAAGUAGGAUUUAAAUGCCAGAUUUACAUGAAUGAUUUACCUUCAAAUGAUUUCAGUAAAUUGUUCAAAGAUUUGAUGAGUUUAGAAGGAUUACAAACAAAAUAUGAUGGUAAUCCCUUGUGCUUCUUCAUGGGUGCUCCUGGAUCUUAUUAUGAUAGACUUUUUCAUCAUAAUACUUUGGACUUUGUUCAUGCUAAUUAUGCUCUUCACUGGUUGUCUCAGGUGCCAGCAGGUCUUUGGAAUGAGCAUGGUGUGCCUAUAAAUAAAGGGAACGUCUACAUGUCCGAAACAAGUUCUAAGGCAGUUGGAAAUGCUUAUUGGACACAAUUUGAAAAUGAUUUUACUAAAUUUCUCAAAAAUCGAUCUGAGGAAGUUGUGCCAAAUGGUUGUAUGCUCAUUACACUUUUAGGUCGACCCAAUGAUUCAGAUUUCUUCACUUGGAGGACUGUUGAGCUCAAAAUCAUUAACCAAUCUCUUAUUGCUCUUAUUUCUGAGGGAUUAGUUAAAGAAGAGAAGUUAGAUAAUUUCAAUUUCCCUGCGUAUCACCCCAGCAUGGAUCAACUUGAAAGUGUUGUAAAAAAAGAAGGGUCAUUCUUAAUUGAGGAAAAAAGAAUAGUAAUACAUGAUUCUGCAUCUGAGAUCAAGAACAAGCAUGAAAGAGCACAAGUCUUGGCAAAGUCUACUUAUGCCCUCUCAGAAUCACUAAUUUCACAUCAUUUUGGUGAUCAAAUUUUGCAACCUUUUUUUGAUAAACUUGUCUACUUUGCUUUCCAACAUUUGGAUCUUGGGUAUCUUGCUCAAAACCAUUCUCUUACCAUUUUACUUAGAAAAAUUUAACACUAUUUUAUAAAUAACUUAUUAAUUAAGAGUCUUUAAUGAUUAAGAAGAAAAAAAUAAUAUGCUUACUUGCCUUGUUUAUUAUAAUGGUGUUUUUGUUGUUUCUACCCUGUUUGUUGAAUUACAGAUCAUGACUCCAUCACUUUUAUUCAAAUAAUAGCAAUUUUUAAGUUGAAACAUUCUAUUAAUUUUUGUAACAUUUUGUUGUGCGGACAGCAUAAACAACUAUCAAAAAUAUUUAAGUUAAUAAAUAAAGACAUCAGAAAUUUAAGUUGGUUAACCAUCAAUGUGAGAGCUACGUCUAUCAGACACGGAAAAUAUUUUUCACUAUGUUAGAGAUUACUAAAAUAAGAUGAUACAUUUGCUUGCUCACUAGCAAUUCUUAAUUUGUGGCUCUCACAAUUUUAAUCCCCUCUCCUUAAUCCUAAUUAAUUAACUCAAGCAAUGAGGCGUUCAUAUAUUAACCCUCAUUUACAAAUAAAACUAGGUUUAAGAGAAAACUGAUUAAAAAACCCUAAAUGCUGAAAUUUGAACUGUGCCAUCGUGCCUAAUUUCCGCAAAGAUUAAUAUAAUCUCAAUUGAAGUCACUUUAAGUCUCGCUUGAGACUCAGCCUUGUUCAAAGUUUACUAUUUUCCACAAACUCUAAUCACGAUCAAAUCGGCCAUUAGUCUCACCUAAGAUUAUCAAUCUCGACCGAGACUAACUUAGUCUCGCCCAAGACUCCAAUUGCCCAAAAGUUACUAUCUUUUUCCAUUUUAAUCUUGAACGAGAUUAAUGUCAGUCUCGCCCGAGAUUAUUGCAUGUUGAUGAUGGAAACAUCUUUGAUCAUCUCUCUUUUUUCUUCCCAUGUUGAUGACGAGAAUAUCUCUUCAAUGGUAUUCCCCUUGUGCUUCUAGGUGGUAACUCAUACCUGUUUUGAAUAUUAAGCACAUCGUUAGACAAUAGCACAUCAUCAGUUUGCACUGUACCGGGCAUGUCAGCGGUGUUACCUACUUGCUCUGGAGGGUCCAUCCUUAUUGGAUAUAUCAGCCAGCUUAGAUCAUCACCAACACUCUCCCCCGGAGGACUAAGUUGGGAAAAAUAGUAGGAGUCUUCAAAGAAUUCACAGUCCAUGGUGGUAUACAACUUAUUAUGAACUGGGUCAAAGCACCAAUACCCUUUUUGAGUAACCUCAUAACCCACAAAGACAACAUUUAACAGCCCGAGGUUCAAGUUGGUUUCUAUCCCGUUUGGGGAGAUGAACGUAGACAACACACCCAAAAACACGGGGAGGUAAAGAGCGGGAGGAAGGAAUAAGGGUAUGAGUUUGGAGGGUAUGUAUAGGGGUUUGAAAGUUUAGAGUUUUUGUGGGAAGACAAUUGGUCAAGUAAGUGGCAGUAACAAUGGCUUCUGGCCAAAAAUAAGGGGGAACAUGUGAUUCAAACAGAAGGGCUCGGGUAAUAUCUAGAAGGAUACGAUUUUUCUGUUCAGCAACCCCGUUUUGUUGGGGGGUAUCAGGACAAGUAGUUUGGUGAAUUAGGCCAUGGUCUGAAAUAAAUUUUUUUUCAUGUUUAAGUUAACAUGUUUACCCCCAUUGUCAGACAGAAGGAUUUGUGGUUGGGUUUGAAAUUGCGUGAGAAUCAUAUGAUAAAAUUUGAUAAACACAUCAAAGACUUCAAACUUGUGUUUCAAAAAAUAAACCCAACUCAUUUGAGUACAAUCAUCCAUAAACAUGAUAUAGUACGAUAAACCAUGUGUAUCACAAGUGGGAGUAGGACAUAAUGUAUUAAAAAUAAAGGUUUAAGACUAUGAGUUGAACUAGGGGUAUAUGAGUGUUAAUGACUUGUGGCUAAAACACACGAUUCACAAUUCAAGGAGGUAUUGCAAUUAGAAAGAGAAGGAAAAAGAUGUUUUAAGUACCUAAAGAAGGAUGACCUAGACGUCGGUGCCACAUCCAUAAUUGAUAGAUCAGGAGACCCAUGAGCAAGCGAAGUGUGACCUUUUGGAAUUGCCUCUUCCACAUAGUAUAGGCCUCCUUUUUCAGUACCACGCCCAAUUAUUGUCCCGGUCUGAGCAUCCUGCACAAUACAUCCAUUAUAGGUCAUGAGAAUAGUACAAUUAAGGUUUUUAGUCAAUUGACUAACAGAUAACAAUUUAUGGGAUAGACUAAAAAUUAAAAGACAAUUUUUUAAAUAAAGAAAAAGAGAAAUAUCAACACUUUCACCCCGAUCCACACUAACACAUUCUCCGUUUGCAGUUUGUAUAUGAUUACCAAAAGUGAAAACAAUGGAUAAAAAGUCAGACGGAUCAAAAGUCAUAGUGUCCAUUGCCCUACAAUCAAAAUUCCAAGACGACGUGGUUUAAUGAGUGAGUAAACCCACACCCUUUAAAUAAGAUGUGGGUGAGUGGGAAAUCGGGUGGGUUUAUGACUUUUUAGUAGUAGUGGCCUCUAUAUAAAAUGCUUUGGAAUUUCUCUCUCCUCUCAAAAUCAGUUUUCUUUUUAUGGUUUAUGCUUUCUGUCUCUACUCCUUUAUUCUUCACUAAAAUACUACCAUUGUUGCUGCUUGUGGUUUUGCUCUCUACUCCUUUCUUCUUCACUAAAUUGCUGGCAUUGUUAAUUCUUCUCAUUUCUCCCUUCUGCCUUGACGUCAUUUUUAAAGGGCAGGCCGUGCCGCCGGUUCGGAUUUCCGAGACCUUGGUGACGGCCUGCUCGUGGAUUGAACGGGAGUAAUUUUUCCUUCGCCGGAAAAAUAGUAAGCAAGCAAAGGCUAACUUCGAUUUGGCUGACUUUGAUUUUUUUUUUUUCACUGUAUUUGCUAGAUUUGGUGUUGUGUUUGAUUGUUUUGUGAAUUUGGGUGGCUUUCCCAACUCCGGUUAGGUAGUUCAUCGGAAAAAAUUUCCGGUUUAGAGACACUUUUGUUGGUGUUUAACUGUUAAAGUUGCAACAAAGGUCUCGGUGAAGAAAUCUGGAUUUUUAUUUCCAUUUUAGUUAAGUUAUUUCGGUAGAUGAUGAAAACCGAUAAGGUGAGUAGGUUAUAGGUCGCCGAAAAAACACCAUGGGCUCUGAUAUUAUAUUAUGCCAUGACAAUUCAUCACAUAAUCUCACCGUUUGUUUCAUAAUCUCAUUGUAAACCUGAACCAAUUUAUUAUAACAUUUAAGUAUGAUCGACUCAUAUUCAAU